GCCUGGCCCCCCAUACGUCUCCUCUACCAAUCCAGUCCCCCCUACCCAACCCUCACGAAGCUCGGAGCUCAACCUCAUGGCCAUGGCCUCAAGCUCUGCUCCUGCAAAUCCUCCCUCGACCUCUUGGCCACGGCACCCCUCUCAGCCUCUUGGCCUCGUGCCAACCCCCUCUCAGCCCCAUGGCCUUGCUCUGAACCCCUCAUAACAGCUCCUGCCAAUCCCCUCCUCGAUUUGGUUCAUAGGCUCAAGGGAAAAGGGUAUUCUUCAGGAGAGGAGAACAUCAUAGUACAUGUGAAUGAAGAACCAAUCCAAGCCCCCUCUCAUACCAGGCUCGCCGGAUGGAUCAGAUCGACCGAGCCCGAAGCAAACGAAUGGACCGGUCCAUCGAACCCAGUCUAUCGGCGGCGCAACCCGAAGCACCGGACCCGAGCAACCUCGGGGAGAGGAGGACGGCGAGCCAGGGCAUAAGACGGUGCUCUUCACCAAGGGGGAGGACACCGGCGGCGACCUCGCCCGCGGCUCCUCCAAGGCCGCAGGCGGCGACUCCUCCAAGGCCGCGGGCGCCGACCUCGCCCGCGACUCCUUCAAGGCCGCAGGCGGCGACCACGCCCACGACUCCUCCAAGGCCGCGGGCGGCGACUCCUCCAAGGCCGCGGGCGGCGACCGCGGCCCCGACUCCUCCAAGGCCGCUGGCGGCGACCGCGUCCCCGACUCCUCCAAGGCCGCUGGCGGCGACCGCGUCCCCGACUCCUCCAAGGCCGCUGGCGGCGACAGCGUCCCCGACUCCUCCAAGGCCGCUGGCGGCGACCGCGUUCCCGACUCCUCCAAGGACACCGUUGGCGACGACUCCCGCGUUCGCCUCAAGUGCACAACCGGCUACUCUCUGAAGCGCACCAGCGACUCUCUGAAAGGGCCCAGCGAUGGAUUCAUUCUCUCAGACGAGGAAGUGUCACAUGCAGAGUAUUUAACCCAUUCAUUGAUUCAUGAUAUCGAUGGAUCGCUCAACAAAAUGGAGACACUCAAAAGAGCUAUGUGCUGUGCUGGAUGUGAGGAGGAAGUUUUGCCACUGAAGCGCUCCAAGGCUGAGGGAGCAUCCAUGACGGCUAGCCAUCUUGAGGUGGUUUCCCCGAGGUCCAAAAGGAACCUGGAAGAUGAGGAUCAAUCUGAACAGAUUUUAAAACGUUCCAAGUAUGAUAGUCCUAUUGUUGCCGAAUCACCAUGGGAAUCAUCUGGCCUGAUAGUUGCCUUGAGAAGCGUAAUGCGACGAGGGAAAGACUUGCAUCUGGAGAGGCGUGAUGUUAGGCUUGAGAAGCGGGAGCUUCGGUUGGAGAACCGUGAGGCUUGGCUGGCGAAUCGUGAGGUUAGGUUGGAAAAGCGCGAGCGUCGCUUGGAUUGCUAUGAGAAUCAGAAAGAUCAGAGUUUGGAGCAGCGGAAGGCGGAUUUUGAUAAAAACUGGGAGGGGUAUCAGAAUUGGUUGCUUUAUAAAGCUGCCCUAGAGGACGCCCCCUCUGCUUCCAAAGUGGAUGGCCCCUCUCCUGCCGCAGAGAAGGUCUCUGCUCCUGCCCCAAAGACCUCAGCUCCUAUAGCUGCUCCUGCCCCGGGGAAUCAAACUCCUGGCUCAUUGAACAGAGUUGCGGACGCUGUCAAGACUGGAGUCACCACCGUCACUGAGAGUCUGGAAAGUGCCGACAAAAUGACCACGCUUCUGGAGAAGGUUGUGGCUGCUCCGACAAGAGUGCAGGACCUAAGGAAAAGCUAUGAAGAAAACAAAGCAAUUGUCUCUGCAAUGAGGAAAAGCUACGAGGAUAACACGGAAGUUGGCUCCUCCUUCAAGAGUGUUGUUGCGGGUGUCGUGACCAGCAGCCUGUUGCUUGCAAGGCAAGCUUUGAAGGAUUUGGUACGGGGAGGUGGAGGAGAUGGUGAUGCCGAGUGAUACUUGCGCAAGUUGUCUGGAUCCACCGAUGUUUCAAAUGACGGUGAUUGUCCGCUGUGAGUGGAUACGAAGUUUUGUUGUCGUAUGUUGCUGUUGCUUUUGAAACAGAUGUGCCCUUCCAGAAUUGUUUCAUUGAUCUUACGAUAGUUGCUUGCCGAAUUGAUGUUUAUUCCUUGUUUCACGCUCUAAUGUGUAUAUACAUGCUUCUUUUACUUGAUAAUCCAUUUUGGUGAUGGUGAUUCUUAAUA